GCCGUGAUCAACGGGCCCAGAACAGCGCCACCCCGUGCGCCCAAAACGGGGUUCAUUGGGCGUCGUCGUUUGCUUGUUUGCUGGCUGACUUGCUUGCCGAUCGCCUGUCCCCGCCUUGCCCGACACACUCCGUCCCCAAUCCAUCUCAAGUCCAACCCGAAUAACACCACACAGGCUACGCCCACAUCUGCCAUGGCCACAUACCCAGCCGAAUCCGCACAGACCGAGCAGCUCGCAAGCCAGAUCGGGCAAGUCGUCCGGUCGCUGGACGGACUCGUGGUCCAAACGGCGGCGUUUGUCCAGAACUUGGUUUACCCCAGCACCGUCGACCUCCUGGCGUGGCUCCAAGACGCAUAUCGCCCAGGAGACAGUGGACAACAGCAACUCCUGUUGCUGCUGCUACCGAGCCGGCUCAAGUCGAUUGCCCUGGAAUGGGGCGAACAGUAUGCCUUGGACUCUUCACACCUGUUGGUGAUUUACGCUGUGUUGGCGGUGCUGGCGUUCAUGUUUCUGCUCUUUGUCUGGUUUGUGAUUCAGAGCAUAUUCAAGAUGGUGUGGCGGAUGGUCAAGCUGACGACGUACGCUCUGCUGUUUGUUGGAGUCUAUGUCUACUUGGUCCAGCCGCUGAUUCAAUUCACGGCCCGCUGACGGCUGGCCCGGCAGACAAGGCUUGCGGGGGGAUAUCCGAGAGCGCCUUUGUUUUCUGAAUACAUUUCCAUCACCAC